UGUCAGCAACGCUGGGCUGCGUUGGGCUACGGCGUCACAGGCUUGCCAGCUUCCGAGAGGAUCGCAUCAUUGCUCGUUUUUUUGAUUUAGUGCAAGACAUCAGCCAUGGUUGAGACAGCUGUUGAAGAAAGCAAGAAGCGCGGAAGGCCUCAAGCCGCCAGUGCCCCCAAGAGGAAAGCCGCUGACGAGGGGGGCAGCGCCCCCAAAAGGGGAAGAGGUCGCCCCAAGGGCUCCGGCAAGAAGACUACCAAGGCUUCCCCCAAGAAGGCCUCGAGUAAGAACGCUUCCGGCAAGCGCGGCCGCCCCAAGAAGGGAGCCGAGGAAAACAAGGAGGAGGAAGAGGAAGAAGAUCAGGAGUAAGCGUCCUCGUCUCAUGACUCAUGGAGCUUUCCGCUCAACUCGAUGACUUUCGGGUCUCAAUUUUUAUUUAGGGAGUAGUGAUAACGCGUAGCUUUACCUAUACUGAUCUGAUCAUUGUUCCAAAAAUUCAUUUUUUUUAGUUCGAUUUCUGGGUAUCUUCGUGCAUUCAUUCUCUCAGUAGGUUUUAUUUUAGUUUACUAUUUUCACGGAUUAGUUAUUAAACGUGACUUACAAGUAUUUUUACACUGUCUUCACGUGGUACUUUUAGUUCAGCUCCAUGAGUGUAGGAAGAUGUUUAACACAAGAUGUAGUUGACGUUUCUUACAGUACAAAUUAUGUAGAAUGAUAUGAUCCUCAGGAUGCUUCUUAGAGUUGUCGGAUUUUUAUGUUGUGAUCACACCAUUGCCCCAAAAUAGUUACGUGACAUAAACUUAAGAGCUUGCCCAAAACACUGGCAUUGUGACUUUGGUGUCUUCGUUGUUUUACCUUGUCUUUUCUGGAUUAAAAUAGGCCUCCAA